AUGGAUAGCGCAGAAUCCCUGGUUGGCCUUCGCGGCCUGUACCAGGACCUCUCUGCUCUCUCUGACUCGUCUCUUGUCAACAUAGACCGACUCCGCGUCGAGUUGGAGACUCACAUCCAUGCAUUUAGGUCCCUACUUGACAAGCCCGCAAAGAGCAAUGCAAGCCGACAAAGUGUUCUAUCUGGGAAAAUCACAAUCAACGAUGUGGAAUAUUCAGUCAACGAAGGAUUCCAACAAGGCGCACUUCAGGUCGCCGACGCACUCGAUAUCGACGAAUUGGUCGCGUCGCUGCUAUUUCUCAGGGCCCAGGAAGCUGCUCCAUUACUGGAUAGGCCUCCUGUGAUUGUCGCAAUCAUACAAUUCCACGAACGCCGACACUUCUUGCUAGAAUCAUUGCGCCUCAUCUUCCAAGAAUCCUUCGAGGUGGAGCGGGAAGCAACGCAAGAGACGAUGCAAGAAAUGUUGGCGCAUGUUGUCGAGAUCAAAGACGGCCAAUUACGGAACGCAUCACUCUUUACACGCAAAUGCCUGAAAUCCAUGGAGGAUAUCGAGAGGUGGCUGGCUCUCCUUGGUGAACAAAUCCAAAAGGUUUCACUCGUUGGAGAAGCAGAAGAUCAGGACAUCAUGGAAGCUAUAGAGCACCAACGCACCACCUUGUUCCAACAACACGAAUCGCUGGGUGCAAUAAUAUGCUACCUUUUCAAGGGGCCAUACACAAGCUCCGAGGAUCUAAGAAUACUGCUAAACCACCUCAGGAAGAUCGACCGUUUCGAUGGCAUGCUUAUCCACUACGUUCCAUCCAUAAUCUCUUCGUUUGUCCAACACGGCUCUCCCGAGCGAUCGGGUAACUAUAAUGACGCCCGAAGCCUAAACACCACCAUUCUCGCCGCUAAAGAUGGUCAGAACUGGAGACUCCAAACAUUUCACUCGACGGUUAUCGCUCUUUGGCUCGCAGUUUACAGUGGAUGGGACUAUGAUGGGCCGUCGUCAGCACCACCAGGUGUUGAUCUUGAAAAGGAAGCUGAAGAACGUACAAAAACUUUCAUGUCGGCCCUAGACGACGGGGGCCUGGACCUCCUAGUCGCCAUUUGCUCAGGUGUGAGUGGUGAGGAAUGGAACGACCCAGUCCGCAGUGAAUUGGUAACAAUGCUGUUGAGAGAAAGUGCGUCUUCGAUGAGGGAAAGCGGCUGGGCGACGCCUGAAGCGGACCCAUGCUCUUCAUAUUUGAAAGUCUUGUUAAUGGAGAACUUUGAGGCCUUUGCGGAAUCAUGUGUGGCGAAUAUGCCAGACGCUGUUCGAAAACUGAAAACCGAGGAGGACUCUCAGAGACUGGAUCAAAUUACCGCGCUGAGGGAUGGAUUGACUUCAAAUCUCCACCGCAGUCUAGUGGAAGCCCGAACACAUCUUGAGUCAUUUCUGUUAAUCAUGGCCUUCGCAUUCGAAGGCCGUCCGGACGCAGCGCAGGAGUUCUGGGCUGAUCCCGAUGGAAAUCUAUACGGCUUUCUGCAGUGGGCCUCCAAGCGACAGACCGUACCCAGGGUUAGCGCCUUUUGCGAACUACUAUGUUCAAUCUCUGGAGGAGAAGACAAUGCCGCGUCUGCGCAUAGGUUCCUCUUGGAAGAAGAUAAAUUCAUGUCCUCAAAAUUCAAGCGGUCCACAUCCAUGAAUUGGUCGCAAAUGUUCGCAGAACUUCAAAUAUACGCAACACGAGUCACAGAGAAGCCCACAACGACCCAAACCAUUCAACGCGCCAGGAAAUUCGAGCCGGCUGAUACGAGUGAACCGGAAAGUCCUGUCAUGCUCUCAUGUUACCUCCGUCUCCUCGGACAUCUUUCCAGACAAAGCACCACCGUCCGGGAAUGGAUGCUACAUCACCCAUCGUUCAACAUUGUUAGCACACUUUUGACCCUCUGCAGUGGGCCAUUACCCUCUCACUUACGAGCAACGGUGUUCCAAGCGCUUGCGGGUCUGAUGACUGACAGGAGCGCUCUUAGCGGAAAUGAAAUGUGGCUCUCAAUUGAUCAAUGGAUCUCUAGCGGAGCUAUGAGUGCCUCCGCUCACAACAAAGUUCCUCUAGUUUCAAAUCCGCUUGUCUGGCAUGAGCAGCAAGCAUUCGAGAAGAUUGGCGAAAGUUUCGACCAGGCCAAUGCGUUUAUCGUUCUUAUACUUUCUCUUGUUGCCCCGGCUAACGAUUCAGCUGCCUAUCACCUCUGGUUGCCCUUCCCCGAAUCGCUUGGCUCGUCCUACCGUAUGCCGGGUAUUGAACCGUACAUUGACUUCAUCUUGGGUCAAGCACUCUCAAGGAAGGUUCCAGAUCUCAACGAGCGCCAAUCUCGACUACUCACUCACAACUCUCUGGAUUUCGUCUUGACGUGCCUGAAAUCCUUCAACGAGCCCCUUGUUACUGCGCUUAGCGGGGCUUCGGCUACACCGGAGCCCAGCCUUAAAACUUCGACACUACUCACAUAUGUUCGCCUUCAUCCGUUCGCGCGCAUAGCCGAAUGGUUGUAUAAUGAAGAUGUGAUAAAGGCCAUCUUUGCAACAGCGGACCAAACGGUUGCCGAAAUUUCGAAAGCUCCAUCGGACUCUAUUUUGGUAUCAUCCUUGGUUAAGAGCAUUGAAGUCAUGUAUAUGAUCAUGGAUCUCCAGUCAACAUAUUUCAACAUCGUCCGACCUUUCAUAAAAUCACAACCUGGAAGCAGACUUAACGUUGCAAACUCUUCCCUCUCCGCGUUCGAGGACUGCGUCUUGAACAAUUUACAGAUCAUCCCUAAUUUGUGUCUAUAUUGCAGCACGGGUCACCAACAGCUUACCGUCACUUCGAUGGCUUUAUUGGAGAAGCUAUCGAGCUCCGAGCGACUGAACAAGCUCUCUUCUCCGGAACUGUCCAGGUGGCGGUCAUCGAACAAGAUCGUUGAGGUGUUGAGUACAGAAGUUGAUGCGGACGCUGUCUCUCGUCCUUUCGUGCUUCAAAUGCAACCCGACCCGAGGGAGCUUGAUUCUGGUCCGCUAGCUUCAGGCUACAUUAUACGUCAAAGCCUAUUACAACUCCUCAAUAGUUGUUUGGACAUGAUCUCGGAUCGGCCUACAGUUGCUCACAUGCUGCUUGGUUUCGGCUGUGUGGGCAACCUGCUCGAUGUUUCUCCCGACGGUUUGUUUGACAACGGAACGUCCUUACUGCACGCCAUUCUAGCUUACGUGCAAAGUUACCCAGGUGAGUUGGACGGUAACAUUGUGCCAUGGAUGUUACACUCGAAACGUACAGCUUUUGAAGUAUUGAAGCAUCUAUGGUCGUCGAAAAUUUCUUCGUAUUAUACGUUAGCGGAGAUGCGUGCCAGUGGCUUCCUUGUCAGCUUGUUUGCGAGCCAGCCUCUAGUUGGGCCAACCACGGAAUGGGACGGCUUGCCACUUGCGGCCGAGGAUUUCUGGGUGUGCGAAUCGACAGUCGCGCUUGCGGAAUUCUUGUUGUUUAGAAGUUGUCUAUUCGACUAUGCUGCAACGGAGAUUCGCUCUGCGGCAAAACUUGGCUCGCCCACGUUACUAGAGAAUAUCCUGUCUACGCUGUUCGGAAGCUCCAUUUUAGACAAUGGAGAAGUCCUCCCAAACCCGACCGUGUUCGACCUUUUCGAUUUCGCGGACCUUGAUAUUCAGUUCCAUGCGCUGACACCAGACGUGGAGUUUCUCGCGGGGCUUAACAUUGACGUGUGCGCAAAGCCGCAAGCAGACGGCUCUUUUGCAUUAUACGACAUUCCCCAAGUGGAAGCACUUGUACAAGCCAGAAAGGAAGACCGAUUAGCCGACAAUGAGCUGCGUCCGCAGGAUGUUGAAUUGUUCGAUGCUGAAGGGGAAAGCUUAACUUUGUUCCUGCAAGCAACAAACCAAUCCCGAAUAAUCAACUUCAACCGGCGCAUGGCACUCCGCUCCUGGGCUGAGUUACUCACCACCAUACUCACUUGCUGCGAGUUUGAGGGUGGACGAAAAUUAACGUUCAUCCUACAUUCCAUUCAACUAACACUACCGAAGCUUGAGGGUGCUAUUGAGGAGAAUCUCCCUGAAGGUCUUGAGCUGGCCCGAUUAGCAGAGACGUUGGUUGAACAUUUGGAGCCAACGCCAACCAAAUCGACACCUCCGAGGCGUAAUGGGGAUAUUGUUGAUGAGAAGCUCCACCAACUAUUCCAAAUCUGUACUCGAGGUAUCGUUCUGUCCACUGGGAGUGUCCAUCUAAAGGAGACUUUCUACAACAUCUGCGCACUCUACAUUGCCCGUAUCGCCUCCCCCAGUACUGGAAAUGACAGCAUGAGACAACACUGCCAGCAAGUAGUCAAAUCGUCGGGUAGCGCUCUCAUCGAGGCUAUUUGCGACGAUGCCUACACCGGCCAGGAAACGUGCCGAGUUUCGGCCCUUGUACUACUCAAUGCUCUGGCCACGCUGGACAGAAAGGCGGAUGCCAUGUUAGCCGAAUCAAUAGCCCAGUCGAAUUACCUGAGUUUAUUCCUCGACAGCAUUCGAGUGUUGCCGGUCGAGCUUAAGAAUGCGCAAACCAAUGACACGCCUCUACUCCUAGCAUAUUACGAAUCCCUACUAUCCUUGCUGCAACAGCUCUGCCAAACAAAACCUGGGGCAACUCAUGUACUAAAGGCUGGCUUAUUCCAGGCUGUGCGCGAUUCACAGUUAUUCGCUGCGGAUCCUGAUCUUGGUAUCGACAUCGAUAACGCCGAUGCUCUUCGGAAAUACUACGACCUUCUCGACUCGGUGCUCCGAGUCAUUGUCACGGCAGCAUUUUCCCGGGGAUUCCACAACGAACAAAUGGUCGAGCAGACCCGGGCAUUCCUCACGGAGAACAGGCAGAGCAUGGUGGGCAUAUUCAAGCGGUUUGCUAAGAUUGGCGGAUCUGGUGCUGCCGACCACCACAACUCUCUUACCAGCAUUGCGAAGUCAUACACGGCCCUUGUUGCUGCUACAGACUUUUUAGAGGUUGAAGAAAGCGUAGUCCAACAACAUAUCGGGCCGCAGCUAUUUUCAUAA